AUGAAUAGUGAAAGUUUUUGUGGUUAUGAGAAACGUCGAGUUAGUCUUCUGGUCCCUCCUCUUCUGGUCGUUCUUCUUGCUUCUAGUCAGCAUCGCUACGGGAAGCUAAAAAAAUGUCAAAGACAAGGAAUAAAUGUUCGGAUUUCGUCCAAAAAUGAUAAAAAAAACUUUGGGAUAAACAAAUAAUUAUCAUAGAAGAGAAAGCACACAGAUAUGCACCCGAUAAAGAGAAAAAAAUUCCACUACAAAGUCAAAUUUUAAAAAAAUAACAAAUUUUUUUCCUAUUAAAACAAAUCGAAGCGUACGGAAGAAUCGAAAAAAAAAUUAAGCGUUUCAAAAACAUUCUUGCUGACAUAUUUGAAAUAACAAUAAAAUUUUAUUGUUCAAUAUAAUUUCAGCAAUACUAAAAUUAACUAUUUUUUUAUAUUUUCGUUUUUUUAAAACAUAAUAGAAAUUUUUUUCGAAAAAAAUUAUGAGGAUUCAAAGUAGACCCACGAACAAAAAAAUAUUUUUUGACCUCCACAGUACUUACUGCGGCGGCGAAGAAAUCAAAAGGCGCCCAUUCUUGAGUCUCGGAAAACUAGGUCCUUCCUCACUACUUCCUCAUCAAUACUCUCGUUCAUCGUUUGAAUAGCGUCGUAAAGGUUUGUAUAAUUAAUUUAUAUUUGUAAACAUGUUGUCGUUAAGAUGAGAGUCUUGAAAAACAAGCAUUUGAUCCACUUGUUAAACCAUAUUGAACAGCAUCGUUGUCUUUGGUACAAAGAAGAUCCCAACUACUACUGUCGACAUUCUGAAGUCACAGCCUGGAGCUGCAUCAAGAAAAACUUUACCACGGAGUUUCUUUGGCCUAUAGGACGUAUGUCUUCUUUUUUUAGAAAGUUAAUUCGAAUAGUUAACUUACCUUUUGUAAUUUCUAACGUCCGUGAUACAUUUUUUUGGAGGGUUUUUUAAAGGUUGCCUAUUUCACCGAUUAUGAAUUCAGUUUUUUUGAGUUACAACUUCUCAAAAAAAUGAAAAAAAUGAAGUUCGGAAUCUCGAAAAAUUUUUCAUUUGAUCAAUUAAAUUUAAAAAAAUCCGUUUUUGGAUCUGAUCGCGUUUUUUUACUCCUACCUGAUCUUACGAACAAAUUCAAAAACCUUUUCAAAGUUUUUGAGAAAAAAAUUAAUGGAUCGGCGCUUUGAACUUUCCUAUCAAGGUUGAAAAAAAUCGAUAAAAUUUGACUGAGAGAUGAUCUCAAAAAGUACUGCGGCUUUUUGCGCACAAUAACAGCUCUUCAUAUUUUUAAAAAUCUACAAUUGAAUAAAACAAGAAUUUGGCUUUUUUGAGACUUCUUUACUCCAAUACCGUUUCCCUCUUCAAAUGGUUCUUGUUACAGUGGUCGCGCUACAAGCUCUCUGGGCCCGCCUCCAGCUCGAUUACGCUUUCUGGUCUAGUCAUCCAUCCGCCAAGUUUUUGUUUUCCCAUCAUUGCUCAUUCCUCUCUCAGAACAUAAAGUAAUUGCGGUAACCCGUGUUUUAAAAUAAGUUUUUUUUUUUAGGAUUGUUGGUCAUUCCGAGCUUGAUGAAGUGACGCUUGCCGAUAUGAACAGUGGAGAUCUGACGAUCGCGGAGGAGGACAACAAUGUCACAGGUGCGUUCAAAACCAUUUUUCCCCUCAGUUUUAUCAAGCUUACAGAAGAAUAUGUAAAUGCUGCGCUCAUAAUGGCUUGUUCAAAAUUGGAAGUCAUGAUACCGAGAAUGGAGCUCCUCAGAGCAAUCGAAAAAUUCGACCGCGAAUUUGGUUAGUUAUGGACUUUUAUCAGCUAUUUUAGAUUUUGAUAUAAUCUGUGUGCCAAGACGUGGAAUUUCGCCGAACGACAUUCCGUUGUUCUGCUGCGUGUGUUCGCGAAGCGUCUUUAUAAUAUGGGUCACGCUUUUAAUUCAUUUUUAUUGCUGUGGGAGCAAUUGAAAGUAGAGUACCUUAACAAAAAAAAAUUAAAAGCGCGACCAAAGUUCGCGAAGGCGCGCAGCGGAAUGUCGUUUGGUGAAAUUUCAAGUCGUGUUACAGAGGCUAUAGCCUGAGAAAAGGUGUUGCUCUUUUUCAAACGAUUUUACAACAAAAAAAAAUUUCACAAAGGUUUGUGGCUGAAUAUGGUUGAAAUUUUGAUGGAACUUCUUUGAAUAGCACUUCAAUGAUUUCUGAUUCCGAAACAGAACGAAAAUUUGUUUUAGUAGAUCUUCUCUUUCAGUUAUGACAGUCAAAAGAAGCAAAUUAUGAAUGUUUUCUAGAAAGUAAUUUUCUCAAUUUUUAAUCUCUUCAGGCUUUUCCACCGGUCCGAAAGUCUUCAAAACAAGAUCAAUUUGA